AUGCAGUUGUUGACGAAUUCCGGCAAACAUGAUCGCGGCUAUGAUCCGGGAUCACUUUUGUGGAACAGAUACAGAUUUUUCGAAGAUUUACCGUCGACAUGGCUCUCGCCCUCGAUUUCCGACCGCCUGCGUACCCUGUCUCUUUACUCACAUGACUAUUGGGGCUGGUGUCCAAGGAUUGAUUUUCGAGUGCUUAGUCAAGGCCCAAAUGGCACCGGAGGACUCUCUAAUCUCAGGACCCUCGCUCUUGGGAGAUACGUCUUCAGUCACCAGUGGCAAAUCGAUUGGAUCGCUGGACUUGGCUCCGACAAUGGCCGUGGUGGGCUCGAGGAGCUCUACUUGGAUGAUUGCCCGAUAAUGUGGCGGGCGCGAGUGCUUGGUCCAGUGGACAGCGAGGGCUUUCCACAAGAAGAGGUCAUGACACGAGAGGAUGUCCAUCCUAGCUCAUGGAACCCAAUCACUCUCGAAAUUGACCUUCGAUGGAGCACCGUCCUUCCAGAAUGGCAACAAAAGAUGCAGUAUUUGAAGGUUUUCAGGAUGGGAUAUGGGGACUGGGAUGGAAAGUGCAGCGGAGAUGUUGCCAUGGCGAAGACAGCAUCUCGAGCUCGGGUGAUUCAAGGCGCAUAUGAGGUGGCGAAACGCGGAAACGAGGACACAGUCCAUGUGCAUUACGACAAAUAUUCUAUGAACGAUCGCCACAAACACGGCUACGAGAUCAUCCGAGAUGGAGUCGGUCUGAGUCAGAAACGAGAAUGUCUGCUACAGUAUGUCCACUUCGAGAUCGCCCUGGGAGCUUCACCUUGGGUCGAACGAGACUUCAAGGAGGCUCUCAUAAAUGAAUUUGAGGAUGGAUACCAGCGAUACGAGGCAGCGAGGCGCCAAGACGAAGAGGCGCUCCAUGCGCUCUAUGUCGCCACAGGCUGCCCGUCCCCGGUGUUCUAG